AUGGAGCUAGGAAAAGCUAAACUUCCUAGAACUGGCCUUAAUGCUUUAUACCAGGCUAUUCAUCCAAUAUAUGGAAUUGCAUGGACAGAUGGCAAGCAAGUCACACUGAUACCAUUGCAUUUUCAUGGCAAAGAAUGGAGAUUUGGUGAUUCGAUUCUUAUCGGUCAGUUUGAACAUGUCCACGCACUUUAUUGGAAUGCAUGUUAUUCUGCCGACUUGCCAGCUCUGCUUGCUGUUCAGCAUAAGAAGCGUGUGAGCAUUUGGCAGCUAAUCCACAAUGUUUUGGAAAAGAAUAAGCUGAUGGUUUUCCGGACUUGUGAAAUUGUUGAGCCGUUCCAGCUGCUUCCUCAAGGCUGUGCAUGGCACCCAAAGAGAGAUAUUUUGUCAGUAUUUACCAAAAGGGAUGCUUCUGUUUUAUAUGCAGUUCGUUUAGACAAUUCCAAGGUUAAAGCAGACAUUAAAAGCAGGGGACUCAUCCACUGUGCUUGUUGGACCAAGGAAGGCAAUCGUCUAAUUAUUGCUAUAAGCAGUUCUCUUCAUUCCUAUAUUUGGGAUGAGGCCAAGAAAACACUGAAUGCUUGCACUUUUUGCCCAAUAUUUGAUGUUGGAGGCUAUAUCUGUGCUAUUGAAGCUACUUUGGAUUUUCAAAUUGCUGUGGCUACUGAAUUCCCUCCUGAUAAGGUGCCUGGUUUAAAUGCUGGUAUUACAUUUGAUUUACCAAUUAGUUCUGAAAUGGAUUUUAUGUCUACAGAUUCUUCGCAGUCUACUCUGGUGCUUGGGGAUGAAGAAUACUCAAUGGAUUUGAGAAGGAAGUCUUUUGAUUCGGAUAAAUCAGUAGCAGUGCAUUCUGUUGCUUCAUCUUCAUCAGGCCCAAUUGAUUUAACCAGUAUCCGGGAAAACCACAGGAAACUGGAUCGCAGUCGUAUAUCUUUGAGGAGGAAGGUCAGCCCUUUAGGAAGUGGUCAGUGUUCUUCACAGUUGAUCUUGGUCACUUAUGAAGGAAAGAUAACCACAACUAGAAAAGUCAGCAUUCCAGGCAUUUUGGUCCCUGAUGUAAUUGCCUUUGACUUUAGUGCACAAAUGGUCGCAGUGGCUUCUAAUACUUGCAAUAUAGUUUUGGUCUCUUCAGUUACAUCAUCCUGUGUGCCCAACUUGCAACGGAUCCAACUAGACAGAAACGAACGACCCAAAGGAAUGUCCUUUUUGACAGAUAAACUUUUACUAGUUUUGGUUGGCAAGCAAAAAUUCACCGACCCCACAUUUAUUCCUUCCUCUAAUUCAGACAGAUACGUCGUCAGAUUGCUGAUGAAAGAAUUAAUAUCUGGCAAAGACUCUUCAUCAAAAUCUGGGACUAGCCAAACUUUGUCGUUCACUUUUGAGCCUUCUGUUAGCCUUCCUGAGAAAAGAAGACAUUUUAAGAACUUUGCUUCAGAGGAUUCUACUGUGGAGCAGGAGCUUUCAAGGCCAAUUAAUACUUUUAUUCAGUCACCCAGUAGAAGGAAACACAGGCUGGAAGUGAAAAGUCCUAAUUAUGAACAAACAUCCCCAUCCAACGUGUGCAUUUUUAAUGAAAAAGGAGCCUUGAGAAACUCAUCCGUUCUAGAAACUUUGGAAGCUGAGCCAAUUAAUCGGUCAAUGGCCUUGUUUGGUGCUGAACCACCUAUUGGAGUUUCCAAUAUAUCGACUUCAUCUAAAGUAGCACACAAAUCUUUAAAUUCUCCUAAAAAUAGCAUAUUGGAUAAUGAUAAAAGAGCAACUGAAAUAUCCAUUAAUCUGGAAAAAUGGUAUAGCAGUUUCAAUGACUUACAUUUGAGACUCCUUGAAUUAAUAGAACACACUAAAAAUGGGAGGAGAUUAUCUCUUGUCUACCCUUCUUCUCAAGAACCACCUUUCAUACACAUCAAAUACCAGAAGCGUUCUUCAAAUGGAGCAAUAGCUGAAGAAACUCGCAAUAUUCUACUAUAUAAUGGCAAAAUCCAUCUGAAUUUAGUCCAGCAACUUUUUGAUCUGCAUAUUGUUGAAAUGAAACAUGGUCCUUCCUGGAUAGUUCUUACUGCUGAUGGUGAAGGUUUUAUUCCAGUAGCUUUUAAAGCAAAGCAGGAGAUCAUCAUAAGGGAUGGCAAGGAUAAUUUUGAUCCCCAAGAAAGUUACACGUUCAAAGCAAAUUUGUCGUCAUAA